AUGCGACGCAGACUUCACGGAGAAGAGCCUUGGGACGCUGGAAACGUCUGGGCCAUAAGCCGUAAGGAGUGCUGGAUGUUCCUCGUACCUGAAAAGAAACAGCGGAUGAGAAUACCGGUCACUGACUUGGAAGGCUAUAUGGAUCCUUCAUCUUUCUGCACACAUCAUUUGAGUUUCGAAGCUUUCAAGUUUCUUUGCAACUCAAUGGAAGGGGUUGGGAUCAACUCGGACGAGGGGAUAAUGCCACAGUCGGCGCAGUCGACGUUGCAACCAUUACAGGGCCAAACCCGACUGGAGAUGCUCCCCGCCGAGCUUCUGGGAGCAAUAUGUGAACUUCUCAAAAUAGAAGAGUUUAUGGCUUUGGCCUUGUGCUCGCAAAGACUCUGGUCUUACGCGAUCAUGUGGAUAAGGGGUUGUUACGUUCAGUGGAAGAAGAAAUAUUCUUGGGUCAACACUCCAAUAAUCUGCACUGCAGCGGGACUGCGCGUUCUUCCCAAAGCACUGCAGCGCACACUACCAGAACCGACCUCUGAAGAUAUGGAGAGGGAGUCCGAGCAGACUGGCCGCCGAUCUGAGAUAGAGACAACUCGUGCAUCUAUUUGGUUCAAGGAAGCCGUGGACAGUUCUGAGAAAGUACCAUUCCCCUGCGACUGUUUAUACGAAGAGGCUUUUCUCAAGCAGCUUGGAGGUGCUGCUAUUCCCGAAAAGCUCCACGGAAGUAUGAAAGCUUGCUUCCCACGUCUUAACCUUGAACCUGGAAGCAGCUGGCUUUUGCGCAAUCUAACAGAUCAAGAGUACAUAAGAAUGGAAGCUGUAGUAACCUCCGAUGGCGAGGCUACUAUUUCGUUACCAGGACGUCAAUGGCUUACACUUGAUAUUCUUCUCCUAUGGCUCAUCAGUUGGAAAGCAGACUACAAAAAGAAAAGAAGGAAGGCCUGGUCUUGGGAGCAGCUCGAAACCUUCAAAGAUUUCACUGAUAAAGAUCUCUCAGAUGCAAGUCAGGACCCAGUGUUCGGACCAAUGUAUUACGACUUCUGGCCAAUCUGGGUCGGUCCUUGGGCUGGCCACAGACUGGAUGUUGUUACCGAAGAAAACUUGGAUAAUAGCUGGAAGGAUCGGACUGAAAACAUCACGAGAUUAGCCCCCAAAAUGCUGCGUAUAUUCUACGGACGUUCUCUUGCAACUCAGAAAGAAAACUUAGACUACUGGGAAGAAGCUUUUCGACAAGGUGGUGACCAUUGGGAGUUCAGGCAGUCAUCUCCGUUUCGAUCGGAGGAUUUAGACCUUGACUGGAACAAGCCAAAAGAGAGAUUGUCCCGGAUCAGAUGA